AGGUUAUUCAACAAAAAAGAAGAAAUAAUUUUUUUUUAUUAUUUUCGUGGUACAAAAUUCAAAAUUUUGUGAUAAAAACAUUACCAAUUGUGCCAUUUAUUGCACCGGCUUUAUCAAGUUUAUUACCGCUGCGACGAAAUGUCCGAAGAAUUGGGUUCUGACAAUGAAUUGGAGGAAAACUACUAUACUUUUCUAAAUUUACCCAAAGAUGCUACCUCUGAUCAAAUCAAUACUAGCUAUCGCAAGCUUAGCCGCAUUUAUCAUCCGGAUAAACAUAUAGAACCGGAGAAAAAGCAGAAGGCUGAAUUGAUGUUCAACCGUACUAAGAAGGCAUAUGAAGUCUUGUCAGAUCCGCAUAAAAGAGCAAUUUAUGAUUCGGUGGGAGAAAAGGGGCUGCGUACAGAUGGCUGGGACUUGGUACAGCGCACAAGAACUCCAGCUGAAAUUAGAGAGGAAUAUGAAAGACUCGCCCAGUUAGCAGAAGAACGAAAGCUAUUGCAAAAUACUAAUCCUAGAGGAAAUGUUACCAUUAACGUUAAUGCCACUGAGAUAUUUUCUCCGUAUGACGAUUCUGAAAUGCCGCGUAUUGAGGUGUCUUCGAUGAGUAUUUCCCAAUCUAUUGAAGCUCCCUUGACACGAAGAGACACAUUGACUCUAAGUGGCAAUCUAAUGUCGUCUAAUGGUAAUGGUUCAGGUGGAUUUGUAGUUUGUGGUAGACGUCUUCUGAAUAAGGGAUGGCUACAGCUGGAUGUUGGAGCCGGCAAUGGCUUGUUGGCAGCGGUCAAAGGCGGCAGAACUCUAAAUUCUGUCUUGACUGUAAAUGCUGGAGCCCAAAUGAACUUCCGAGAGAACGGAGUUAUACCCGGACUGUUUUCCACUUUAGCUGUGCAACUAGAUAAGCAUACAAUGGGCUCCUUGACAUUUAAUGCGGGUUCUCAAUCGAGUAUGACAACUCAAAUAGAUCGGACGAGUGAGCGAUAUGCUUGGUCUACAUCUUUCGUAAUUGGUUCACCCCAUAUAUAUUACAGUAUAGCGUAUACACAUAAAAUGAUUGAGAACGAGCUAAAAUUAAAAGUAGCCGCAAAGGUUGGUACCUUUGGGUUUUUAGCAGAGUAUGGUGCUGAAAAGAAGGUAUCGAAAUAUAGUUCCGUAUAUGCUUCCGUAUCUGUAGGUGUACCAACGGGAGUUAUUCUAAAGUUCAAAAUUAUACGCUCUCAACAGACGUAUGUAUUUCCUAUACAUUUGAGCGAAGAAAUUGUGCCUGCAGCUGUAUUUUAUGCAACGGUUACCCCAGUCAUUGUAUGGUUCUUUGUGAAAAAAUCUAUUAUAGAGCCCAUGCAAUCGGAACGUAAAAAUAUUGAAAUCGAAAAGACAAAACGCAAUAAUGAGCAACGCAUGACGAUGAGACGUCAGGAGGCGGAUGCGGCAGUAGAGUUGAUGCAACACACCUAUCAGCGUAUAGUCGAAGAAGAAACGGAGCGCAAAGGUUUGAUCAUAACAAAGGCUGUCUAUGGUCAGUUGGAGGAGAAUGGUAAUGAUUUUAUACCCUCCGCCUCCAUAGAUGUCACCAUACCUGUACAGUGUCUGGUCAAGGAUGGUGUUUUAAUAUUAUACAAUUCAUCCAAGAGCGAUUUGCCUGGUUUCUAUGAUCCCUGCAUUGGUGAGUCCAAGGUUUUACGUCUAGACUAUAUGCACAACAAUACUAGUACUACGUUGGAUAUUAAAGAUUUAGAAGCUGUUCGACUGCCACGAUAACUAUGUAUAUAUGUUUUGUAGAUGUUAAUGUAGUUUUUUUUAUUUAUUAGUUCUUUUUUUUCUCUUCUGAAAUUCUGGUUUGCUUGAAAAAAUUAAAUCAAAAAUUAUGUUAGGCAAAUGACUUGUAUGUUCAUUAUGUUAAUUUCCAAGGACACUGACGAAAAAUGUCUUCAUUAAAUAAAUGCUUUAAAAGUAUGUAAAUAAAGAUGGUAAUAUUAAAUUGAAAAAAA